UGGUGAGUUUGUGUUAAAAGUUUAAAAUUUGGCAGCUUUUUAUGAAGUUGAUUGUAUUCUGCAUUUCUGCAAACAAUGGUGCCUUAUUUAAUGUCUCAAAAUGUAGUUUAGGCUGCUAACAUUUAUGGUGUUAGGUCUAUUGAUUUUAGCACUUAAGGGUACUGUAACAGGGGAUCUACCAAACCAAACUAUUUUCUUACUCCAGGAAUGUCUUAACGGUAUAUAUCUUAGGAAGGCUAGAAAUGUCGAAGUCUACAGACGGAGCUCUCUCCUGUACUGUGUUCCAAAUCAAAUUGCCUUGAUGAGACAAGCUAACCUAGUAAAACUGAAACCAUGCAAGCAAUAGCUUCUUCAUAUACAGCUAAUUCAGUCAAGGAACCUUUUAGCUCUUCUACUCAGAAUUUCCCAGCGACAGUUUGAAAUGUCCUAAAACCAAACCUAAACGUACCCAACAAAUCACCACUGCCCAGGUUAGGGCAACAGCAGUUUGCGGGUUUCUGGCCUGGACCUUUACAUGCCCCUGCAGUUUUCACAUUCGUGAUUUACUUUCACAGCAGUAGAUGGCAAGAACCCAUAUCCCACUUACCCUCUAACAGACCCCAUCACACCUGGCCAUUCUUGUCCUCCUAUCUUUUGUCUGAGGUACUCCACAAGGCAAGGGAACUGGUCUCUUCAGAUGGCAACCUGUGGGCCAAGCCCUACUCAGCAAACACAUCAUGAAGCUUCUGAAUCUGAUGAGUAUGGAUUGAUGAACCAUUUUUUAGCACAGCAGUAUGCAGUACAGAGUCCAAUGGGUCAACAAUUUCCUUACUAUCAGAUGACUCCACUACUGCCUUCAAAUUUAUACUUUUCUCCCAAUCAGAAUCAAGCUGCAAAUUUUAAGUCUGCACAGAGUUCUUUUGAAUUGGCCCUGCCACAUGCAAGUGACAGUCAAGUGCACCAGGUGGAUGAAGGCACCUCUAAAAGAAAGAGAGAACAGCAAAGUUGUGACAGUGACACUAGUGUUGAGGAUGACAAAAUGAAACAAAGAGAGCGUGACCAAAAAUACAAGAAGUGCAAAACUAAGAAAAAGGCGCAUUAAUACUGUGUAACUGGAUUAAUCUUUUUUCAUUAUUUGCUAUUUUUAUUUGAGAUAAAUAUAAUCUUUCAUCUUUGCACUUUAUUAAAAAGGAGUGUUCAAGAUCCAUAUUAUUUUUGAAAUGUGUUCUGCAUAAAGUAUACUGAUACUUUAUUUAGUCUCAACCUAUUUAAAAAGGAAAGUACUAUUUAAGGUAUAGGAAAUGUUUAAGAAGCUAAAGUUUUCCUAAUAAAGGAAAAAACCUUGUUGGUGUCCUGUUCAUAUCCCAUCCCCACCCCCCCCGCAGGAAGCAUGGAAGGCCUUUAUUUCACUAACAUAGGACUGUAUGAAAAUACAUAAUUACAGCCACUCAUGAAGCAUAUGUAUCAUUAUCACUUACAGAAUGUAUUUUUGUGAAUGGUGUAAAAAUUUUCUGGAGCCAUUUGAAGAGGUGAGAAGGCUAGAAAUUGUAAAUGAGAUGUACUCAUCACUGAAGUAUCAACACCUGUAACUUUUUUUCUGAUUUAGCUCUGUUGUUACUUUCAGAUAGGAUCACCCUUGUAUGGUUGUUCGGACUGUUUUUUUCCAGUAAUAAAUUUGAGGUAAAAUAGUGCAAAUGCACAUAACUGCAAUGUCAAUACUCAAAUGAGUGUGUGUUAAGAAAAAAGGGAUUUUGGUUUUAUUAAACUCAGUUUUAUUGGUUACAAUAUUGGUUGCUUGAAAGGAAUACUUUUCAUCCUUACACUGGUGUUGAGAAAGAAUAUCCAAGUUUACUGGUUUAAAGGUGAUGUGUUUUACAAGCCCAAAUGAGUUUCAGAAGUGGAAGAACAUUAAGUUUGCAAUGAUUUCUCUUUUGUUGAAUAAGAUAAAUCACAGCUAAUAAAAUCACUUUCUCUA